AUGGCACCCAAGACCAAUCCAGGGCCCGAGGAGGACAAUGAUGCGCCAGGCACUCACCAGACAGUCUCUUCCAAGCAAUGUACCGACGACCAACAACAACCACGUUGCGCCGCCAUGCCCAGAAACGAUGCAAACAUCGAUGGUGACGCCGGCAACCCAAGCACCUCCCCCGGCCCUGCCACCGACUUGGAGAAAAGAGACCUCAUCGCACGCUACGCCGAGCUCUUUUGCGGGCACUUCAGCCAAUUCAGGGACCCGCUGGACCGGAUGGAAUUCCUCAACAGCGAAAUCCUGGGCCGUGCCAAAUUUGACCGGCACUACCUUAGUAUCUGGGCCCUGCAUGCAGACUAUGAUCUCCUGAUGUCGCGAUGCCUCGUUCACAGCCCGGAUGUCAUGCAAAACGUCGGUGUGGAGCUCAACAAGUUCGCCAGUGUGCAGGGCUAUUGGUGGCCAAAGUGUGUUAACCUGCCCACACAGGUCGAACGACUGGCGUUUGUUGACGCAGUGUUUGAGAGAAUAAAGGCCCAAGAUUUUGACAUGGUGGCAUUUCAGACCGAGUAUGAGGAGUAG